CAAACUCGCUGGCAGUCGCGGGACUAUAAAAAAGUACAAUUUGAAGGUGUCUACAUAAAUGUGCUCUUUUGGUUUAAAAAAAAUACAAAGACAUCAAAUGUAAAUCGUAUAUAUUGACAGAAUGAAAGUGUAAAACUAUUACGAAUGAGGAGUGUUGUCGUCCAGCGUCUGUGUUCUGUGUUUAGUUGUCCUGUUCAGUCCAUUUCUGUUGUACAUCUAAGGAGGUUUGCGGAGACGAGUCCUUUGAGAUCUGCAUCCUGUCAACUGAUUGUCACACUUGAAAGAUCUGUGAAAAAGAUUCAAAUUUGUUCGAGUCGAUUUCGGUCAUUCUUACCGAUAGGUAGUGGUCGCUACAGUCAACUGAAAACUCUACCACUAUUUUCAAGACUUAUUAGUACAAGAAUGGGUCAUUGCACAUCCAAGGAGGAUAAACAUGGUGUGGCUCCACUACCGAAAGCUCAGAAGGUGGUACCAGUGGAAGCUGUUGUAUGCAAAGUAGAUGAUUUGAAAGAUGGAGAGAUGCGUGAAGUGUCUGUUGGAUCUGGUAAAGCGUUGUUAAUCAAAGAGCAUGGUGCAUACAGUGCUAUUGGAUCUAAAUGCACUCACUAUGGUGCACCACUUGUGGAAAUAAAGAAUGACAAUGUUGUGGUUAAAACAAAUAAAAAGGCCUUAGAAAAAAAUAGAAGAAUCAAGUCGAUGUCAACUAGAUUGCCGGAAGAAGACAAGACGUUUCUACUCAUAGGUGGAGGUGCGGCCUCUGAGGUUUGUGCAGAAACACUUCGCCAAGAAGGCUUCAAAGGAAGGGUUGUCAUAGCAACAAAAGAAAAAUAUCUGCCUUAUGAUAGACCAAAGCUCAGUAAAGCAUUAAGUAGUACAGCUGCAAGCAUUGCUCUCAGGGAUAAAGAUUUCUACUCUGUUUAUGAUAUUGAGGUGUCAACGGAUAUGGAAGCUGUUGCCGUGGAUACCAUGAUGAAUUCAGUGAAAUUCAAAAAUGGUGAAAGUAUUAAUUAUGACCAACUGCUACUUGCUACUGGUGGCACUCCGCGAGUGCUUCCGAUACCAGGCCAUGACCUGAAAAAUGUAUGUCUGUUGCGUACUCCGGAUGAUGCUAAUUUCAUUGCUGACCACGCUAAGGGCAAGAAAGUUGUUAUAGUAGGGACUUCAUUCAUUGGAAUGGAAGUUGCUGCUUCUCUCACUGAUAAAACCAGCUAUAUUUCUGCCGUGGGUCUGGAAAAUGUUCCAUUUGAGCUUGCAAUCGGAGAACAAAUGUUGGAAGAAAAAAAUGUGACAUUUUACAUGAAUAACAGUGUCAAGGAGUUCCAUGGUGAGAAUGGUCAGUUAAAAUCAGUUGAGUUGAAAUCUGGUGAAAAUUUACCAGCAGACCUUUGUGUAGUGGGUGCAGGUGUCAUACCGAGCACAGACUUUAUCAAAGACAGUGGACUUACCAUGAAUACCAGGAACCAACUUGUUGUAAAUAAGUAUAUGAGAACAAAUAAACCUAAUGUAUACGCUGCUGGUGAUAUUGUAGAGUUUCCCCUUACAAUGGCUAACGAUGAAAAAGUAAACAUACAACAUUGGCAGAUUGCACAUAUGCAUGGUCGUACAGCAGCUCUAAACAUGCUAGACCAUGAUAUAGAAACUCACUCUGUGCCAUAUUUCUGGACAAUGAUGUUAGGAAAGAGUCUUAGAUUCACAGGGUAUAAUGUUGGUCAUGAUGAUGUCAUUAUUGAUGGCAGUACUGAAGAAUUGAAGUUUGUGGCAUACUACACUAAAGGUGAAAAUGUGGUAGCGGUGGCUAGCAUAGGUGCUGAUCCCACAGUGUCCCAAGCAGCUGAGUUGUUCUCGGCAGGGAAGGAAAUUACUAAAACAGAGCUACAGUGA